AGGUGCAAUUGCGAGCUCAGAAGGGGCAUGAAUGCAGUCUUUUGCGUCAACCAUCUGCCCUGUCUCAUAAAAUGUAAUGAGGACAUUACAGCAGGAUCGCUUUCUCUGAUCUCAACAGUACAAUUUUCAGUUUUCUCUCCAAAUUUAUGUGCAUUUACGUGUCUGUCCAGUAAGUUUACAGCUUCCUUUUACUUGCAAUUAACAUGCUAUUUCCUGAACUGCAUUGUUAUGAAUUGCUUUUACCAUAACAGUUUGCAGACAUUUUCCCAUUAACUCCUGUAUACAGUAGUUAAUUACAGCUCUUUUACUGGUCUCUGCUUCUCCAUUCAGUAAAACAUUAGUGUGCUGCUCAAUUGAGCAAUUCAGAGAAAACAGCAUUCUUUUUCUUUUUUUGGUCUCUCUAAAAGGAGGCAAAUAAUGUGGCUGCAGUGCAUUUUCUUGGUGCUGUGGCUAAACAUUGGCUAAAAUACUGGUAUUUUGUGAAGACAUGACUUAUGUGAGGUCAGAAAUGGACAAUUAUUACAAAUAUUAAUGCCCCUUAGCUGGCAGAAGAACAGCUGGAUUCCAGUUGUUGGGCUUCAUGAAAUUGCAUUUCAGCAGCUUCUUCUCAGGCUUUUUUCCUGUGGUUAUCUCCAAACAUCUUAUUUCAAGAUUAAGUGUACUGAUUUUAAGGAACGAUGUGGCAGAGGCACCAAAUCCAGGGUUAAUAAAAACUAUAUUUAAGUAAUGAAAAAAAAGAAGAAAAUAAGCAAUUUCUCCUGAUUAUAAAUAAGGAGAUGGACAGUUUGCGUUUGCAUUCUUUGCAUAAUAAUACCAUGUUGUCAAAGAGGGAGGAAGGAAGGAAGGAGGGAGGGAGGAAGGAGAGGGGAGGAAACUGUGCUGAAAGAAGAGCAAUCCAGACAGUGAGAAGUGAAAUGUUCUGGAUUUAGGAAACUAACGGCAGACUGGAGGAGGGACUUCACUGUGAGAGAUGUAGCAAUUUUCUUUGGGGAAAAAAAAAAAACUGUUGCUGGAUCGAUAUUGCCAAAGCUAUUUUUCGGGGGCGGUAUCUCUGACUCAAAAAAAAAACCCUCUGUGUCUAUUUUUUUCUCAAAUCAUGCCACGUUUGAGAUUACGCGUGUGAUGGGCUGAGCGAUCAUCAUCCUCCUCCUGUUUACGCACAGCUGCCGCUCGGAGCAGACGGACCGAAAAGUUGCCGAAGUUGUCUAUCCUUGUUUGCCAUUCAUUUUUUAUUUUUAUUUCCAAAUGUCUGUGGCCUCCUCGACUUCAUCUGCCCGCCCCAGCAUGCUGGACUGACGUCUGAGGAAUGGCAUCGGCUGUGUUUGAAGGCACGUCGCUGGUCAACAUGUUUGUCCGGGACUGCUGGGUCAACGGGAUCCGGAGGCUCAUCAUCAGCCAGCGGGGAGAGGAAGAGGAGUUUUUCGAGAUAAGGACAGAGUGGUCUGACAGGAACAUUUUAUACUUGCAUCGGAGUUAUUCCGAUAUGGGGCGGCUGUUUAAAAGACUGGUAGAGUCCUUCCCUGAGGACAGAAGAGACCUCUCCAAGUGUCCACUGAUAGAAGGGCUUGUAAAAAUCAAAGAGGCAAACGACAUAGAGGAGAAAUUGAACGAGGUGGAAAGACUACUGAAGAAUGCGAUCAAUAUGCCAUGCAAGUAUUCCAGGUCAGAGGUGAUGUUGACUUUCUUCGAGCGAUCACCGCUGGACCAGGUGCUGAGGAAUGACAAAGUCCACCGAAUCCAGCCGUGCUUUCAGAGUCCAAUCAAGAUAUCAGAAAUCAUGCGGUCCAAUGGAUUCUGUCUGGCUAAUACGGAAACCAUCGUAUUUGAUCACAGUCUCCCCGAAGAAAAAGAGAGACCCUCAUCUACCGACUCUGUGGAACAUACAUAUGAGGACGGAACAGAGUUUUUGCCGAUGGAAGCAGAUGUGUGUGACGAGGAAACAGAAGCGUAUGUCACCAACCUUUCCUACUACCAUCUGGUCCCAUUUGAAACUGACAUCCUGGAAUGAGGAACUGAUGCCCGCUGAUGGACAUAUGACACUAUCAUUGAGAAAAAUGUACUCUUAAAUGGAACCUAGCUAUGCAACGUUGCACAUAGCUGCUCCAAGUAAAUGCUGCUUAUUCUAGAAACCUCCACUUUGUUUUUGCCACUUUAAGCAACGUCACCGGUGUGCCUCAUUCAUAGCCUUACUUCAGCGGAAAAAAAGGAAAGUCAGGAAAAUAAAUGACUGGCUUUCAGGAUGUGUAACACAAACUGGAGGUCCUCAAUCCUUCGGGUGAUGGAGAGGUUGCGGCUUGACCUCUUCAAAAGAAUUGAAAUAGCAUCAAACACAUCAGUAUCUAUGGUUUGGACUGUGAAUGUAAGCAGAUGGUAGAGGGCUGCACAUCAACCUACAUUUGGAAACAAAUUUACAGUAUUGGACCGUUCACUGUUACUCCAGAAUCACAUCUCCGUUGUUUUAUCUUUCGCAUUCAUUCUCCAGUGGACCUCCAUGAUCGGGCCUGGUUGGCUAGGAGAUGAUGCAUCUGCAAAGCCUGUUGUUUUCUCAUUUAAACUGCUGCCUGAAGUGUUACUCACAGUGUUACUAAUCUAGUGUUUUAUUCCUGCGGGAACACAGGAAGCUGUCAUGAAGCUCGGUGUAUGAUGUUUGUUCAUAGUGCAAUUUCCACCAGCAUUUAGGAACCUUUUUGUUUGUAAAAUACCAGCUUGAAAGGAAGGAUAAUUCCUGUUUUGUUGCUGUCAUAUGCAGUUGGUGCUUUGGUAUGAGAGUACUCCAGGCUACAUUCACACUGCAGGCACGAGUGGCCCAAAUGUGUCUAAGAUCUGUUUUUUUCAUGACAGUGGAAACAGCACAAAUCACACGGAAUGUGAUCUUUUCAUUUCUGAUUAGAGCCACUUGGUCCAAAUCUGCUUGCAGUGGGCUUGCAGUAUGAAUGUAGCCUAAGAUCCAAGUGAGACUGCGUUUGAUAACAGACACACAAGUUUUUCCAACACUUAAGAUAAAAGAAUAGAAAUCAUAGGGCUAAUGUGUUAGCAUAAGCAUUAGAUAUAUUUUUUAUUGGUAUAUACAGUUUCACUUGGUUCUUGGACUACUGUCACAUUAAAGAAUAUGAAAUAAAUAUGUGUCAUUAUCAUCUUUCCAAAGCGAAAACUUAAUGCUGCCUUCAUCGAUGUUGGUGAGAGGUUUUUUUUUGUCUAAUAAUAAUGUAAUAUGUGUUAGUAAUGUAGCUUGUAAUGUUGCUUAUUUUAUGUUCAUAAACAAAUAAUUUGAUUUAUUAGAGAACAGAGAACUGAGUCUUGCCAUUAUGUGGAUCACUGAAUCAUCUCACCGCUCUUGUUGCCAUAUCAUAAGUGAUAAAACGGGGCAAACAAAGCUUUUGUUUUAUGGGUCAACUGAGGUCAUAUCUGACCCGUUCUGUAAGAUGACGUGUGUGGGUUCAGUCAGACAGCUGACUGCAGUCUUACUGAAUGUAGGAGUCUGCGGCUCGGCACCGCAACGGGGGGAAACAAGAACUCUAUUUAUCUAAAGAAGACAAACGACCUUGCUGUACUAAAACUUUCUAAAGGAAAGUUGUAUGAAAUAGGCACACACUUGAUUAAAAUUCAUGCCUUUUGUAUGUUUUAUGGGUCCUCCCACCAUUAAGAGGUCGCUUUCACUUCUCGCUUUUUAAACUGUGGAAUUCAGUGAAGCCUUACAUAUGUUUUGAAUGCAAGAAAGGCAAAACAAUGUAUAUUUGUGUAGGGUAACUGUAAGGAAGCCUAUCUUUAUUCGUUGUUUUGACAGUUUUGUUAAUGCAGAAGUCAUUGUUGCCUUACAAUGUGGGCUAAUAGCUUGUGUGCAGUUUCUCUGCCCCUUCCAAGAACAAAGGCAUUCAACCCUCACAAACUUGGCACACGAGGCUUCUACAGGACGGUCCCCCACAUGAGUCUGUUUAGUAACACAGUCAUGACCACCAUUCAUCCCAUGAGAAAGUGCAGUUCUUUCUCAGGGUGCAAAACUAUUUCUUGUUCUCUUUUCUUCAAGAAUGACGUCUUGAAUUGAUGGAUAUUCUUUGGAUAGGAAAGUUUAUUGGAAAAAGUAUUUUAGAAAACAGCAUACAUAUAAAGAUUAAUAAGAUUCAAUAAAAAAAACAUGGCAAGUUUCUCUCUUUCAAAGAAUUGAGUUCAAGAUCAAAUAUCUAUUAAGACCUGCGUCUGCUUUAAGACCAUUUGCAGGCUCUGGGAAUGCAUUAUAAAUAUGACUUAAAUGGUACUCAGCGGUGACAGGAUUGAGUAACCCAAUGCUUUUACUCCAGUUUCAGUGACAUUUUAAAAACAUAUCACUAUCUCAUUAUGCCAGCAUGGGGUGUGAGGAUUCAGAGGAGGACAAUGUGACAGAUAAUAUGACACAAAAGCUUUUAUUUAUUUUGUAAACUUUAUACACACUCUGUGAAGCUAAUCUUGUAAUUUCAUUUUUUGUAAUUGUGAUAUCUUUUUAUGUGUAAAUGUGUCAAAAGUAUUGAAUGAAGAUUACUUUUAACCUUUGAAGUGUAUGUGGUAACAUGACGGAUAACUUUAAAGCUAUUCAGACAGUAUUCGAUACAAAUUAUUAUUCUCAAAGCUUCUCAAAACAAAUAUGUUUCCAAUAAAGGAUUGUGAUGUCAAGUGA